AUGGAUGAGAAAACUUAUUUGGAAACUAAUAAGCAAUUUGUAUCAAUACCAGUCGAUAGGAUGUGGAUACCAAGUGGCGAAGACGCGACUACUUUUAACGUUUGUUCUGUUUAUGAAUUGUUAAGAGAAAUGGAAGUCAAAGAUGACGAGUGGUUAUACGAAUUGGAGCAAAAGGAUGAUAUUUCUAAAUUUCAACAAUUGCACUCAUUGUUUGACAUUUUCCAAGAACAACAAGACAACAAUCUUGAAGCCAUGUUAAUGAAAAAUGUGUUAUUCUUAAGAGAUCACAUCAUGGCCUAUCCAUCCGAUAGAUCCUAUGUUCGUCUGUUAAAGUUAUUUGAAUUUAUUUUGAAUUCCUCAGGAGUGGGAGAACAAUCCACCGAUACCAAUAACAUGGUGAAGAGUCUUGUUGACAAAUAUUACAUUAGAAUUCAAAGAUCCAUUCUUUGCUCUAUUGAAAACUCGAUCGUUUUUUCCAAGUAA